CUGCCACACACCAACCACCUCUCCUGACACCUGUAAUGACAUUCUUAAAGCAAGUGAUUGUGUUUAUCACCAAAGCAACACGAGGAUAUUGCAAAGGAGGACAUGAGUGUGCAUAACCAUGUUCUGCUGUACUGAUUUAAUUUCUUCUGCUCAACCCCCCCAAUCAACAGCAAGGCCAGUCCUGUAUCAUUUAAGUUACAAAAGCUGGACUUUGCUUGAUGCUCACUUUGAGAUUUCAGACAAUUGGCCCGGAUACAGUCUGGAUUUGUUCACUUAUCCUCAGCACUACUAUGGAGAUCUGGAAUAUGUGCUCAUACCUCACGGCAUUAUUGUUGACAGGACAGAACGACUGGCCAAAGAUAUUGUGCAAGACAUUGGAGACAAUGAUAUUGUGGUUCUCUGUGUCCUCAAAGGUGGCUACAAGUUCUGUGCUGAUCUUGUGGAGCACAUUAAAAAUCUCAGCAGAAAUUCAGAAAGGUUCAUCUCCAUGAAAGUUGAUUUUGUUCGACUGAAAAGUUACCACAAUGAUCAAUCUAUGCAAGAUAUGCAGAUCAUGGGAGGAGAUGAUCUUUCAAAGCUGACUGGGAAGAAUGUUCUAAUUGUGGAGGAUAUUGUUGGAACUGGAAGGACCAUGAAGGUUCUGCUUAAUACUAUAGAAAAAUACAAGCCAAAAAUGAUUAAAGUGGCAAGUUUGUUGGUGAAAAGAACAUCUCGGCCUGAUGGAUACAGACCAGAUUCAGAAAGAGACAAAAAUGACUUGCAGUAUUGUGUUCUAGCAGUCUCUCUUCGAACUGCACAACUGGGCCUCUGAUAACGGAAAUUUGGAAUGAGGUGAGAGUGCUCAAAAUUGAGCUUUUGGAAAUAAUAACUCAGCAUAAAUACUAGCACAGAGAAAUAGAAAACAGAUCAGCUACAAAGGAAUAUUCAACAACAAUGGCAUGAGCAGCAGAAGAGUCAAGGAGAGUAAAAAAUGAAGUGUCAUAAAAAAACUUUAUCUGUGGAGUGUUGACUGGAAUGGAUCCACCAGUGGGUGUACAGGAAAGGUAUUAAAAUUGGUUAAAUAUGACCUGCUGAAUGAGUGUGGAGAUGGAAGCUUUCUGCUGAGAGCCAGUUUGGUCCUGGGCCCACUUGUGCCAUAUGGGAAGGAAAACCAUAAUAAACUGAAAUUGUUUAUCUUCCUCCAGAAACAUUUCACAUAAUAACAUGAUGCUAUUAACUGCAUUCAUGCUUUUAACUACAAACACCCAACUGAAACUUCCAGUACUAUUUUGCCUAAGCUGUAGACUAGACAGUCUCAGCUCUGUAAGGUCAAUCUCAAUCUGUGCCUUAAAUUUAAUCAAUGACUAGACACCGUUGUUACUCCAUCUGAAUAGAUCUCAGUAUUGUUCCCAACAGCCUCUCCAUCUUAUUUUCUGAGGUUUUUAGGUCUUCUCAUCUCAAGCUUUAUCCUAUUCCUCAGAACUUUAUUUCCAUUUCUCCCAACUCCUCUUAGUCUAUGUUGGGCAGAAACCUAUUUACAAGCUCAGCAGGUGCUGCGAGAGAGAUGAGGGAUGCUCUGGAAAGAGACACUGCUGAGUUUGCAACCAAAGAAAACAAACCUCACAAACUGCUGAGACCUGGCUGGCAGUCAAUGAUCUUUCUUGGGAGAUUUUAAGAAAAGUAGCAAAUAUUUAAUGUAAGGGUAAAAAAAGAAAAUCUCUGGUUUGUGUCCAGAAGUAUCAGAGUGAAGAAGUUAACUGCCUUGGGAGGCAUGGAGAGAGGACUUUGUGCCACCACCAUUGCCCAGCAUGGUUUCUUUGCUCUCAGAGCUUAGGCAGCAUCUGGGCCUGCAGCAGAAAUCCAGCCAUUGAGACAUAAAUCAGCACAAAAAGCAUCCUCCUUUGCUGCAGCUUCUCUAGCUCCAGUACUCAGACAAACACAGAACAGGGUUUAUCCAGGUCAGGUCUGGCACACUGUUAAUUCUGUCAGGCCUCAGCCAUAUCUCAGGGCAGUCUGGCCAAAAUAUGCCUCAAAGUGUUUUAAUAUUUUCCCCAUGCAAGUCACAAGCUGGACUCCAAAGCUAGCAAGUGUUUUCCUGAUUAUGGUCCAUUUAUUUCUAGAGAGACAGUCAAGUACAAGAACAUAUUUCAUGUGCAGGAGGGAAGAAGGAAACCAAGGCACAUCAUGGCACUGCCUCAGGCUAAUCUGAAGCCUUUGGUUGGGCACAGAUUUACCAGGGUUACUUUUCAUCCCUUAAAACUGUGUUUAGACUGUCUCAACUUCAGCAGUCUCCGAGACAUGUAAAUUAUUUUAUGCAGAAGCACAACAGCUUUUUGUGAAGUCAUAAUAGGUUGUGAAAACUGUAUGUAAAGCUACCCAAGGAGUCCGUGUUCUCUGUUUUGAGUAGCAAACUCACACCAUAGAAUACAGGCCCCCUCCUACAGAGGAACACAGACCAACUGACCACAAUUGCUCACAUACCCUGAGUUACAGAGUUAAGCCCCUGUGAAGUCUUAACAAGAUCAGAGCUACAGAUUUUAGUUAGUAUAGGUGUACACGUGAAAAGAAUAUCAUUUUCAAUAUGCAUGUUAUUCCAAACAGUCCUCUAGCCUCUUUUAAUAUAAUGGCAUCAGCCUAAAAUUAGGAAUGCUGAUACAAUUGUUAACUACAAGGGUGUAAAUUUGGGAGACAACAUUUAAAUGCAUUACUAAAUAUGGUGGGAAAGCAGCCGUGCAGUUCGUGAUAAGGCUUAACACACAUUCAUCCACCAACAUCCUCUGGGAGUCUCAGCUGUUGAGGUAAAUCCUCGUUACCUGAGGAGAGAAAGGCACAUCAUAGCUGUUCUCAGCCAUCAUUAGGCAGACUUUCCAAAGCUCGUAAUAAUUUACAAGGCCCAUUUCUAGUAAGACAAAAAGAGUGGAAUAUAAACUCUUGUUUAUGAAUCAUAACAGUCAGCGUGGGGCACAGCUGCUUUAUUCUGCUCUGAAGUUCACCUGCUUAUGAAUCCCAAGGCUUUCUCCCUUGAGGCUCCUCAAGUCCAACCUGGUCUGCCUAAAGCCACAGUUUCAUCCACAGCCAUUAUCCUGACACAGCAGGCAGAACCUCUCCGUCUUCCACUUUAAUUUGCUAAGAGAAACCCUUUCCUAGCCAAAGCUCUAAACUAUGUAAAAUUGUUAUCUGUUAUGUAGUGCAGGAGUGGCCACAAAGUGCUGGGUAUCAGCUGAGCCUAUGGGAUGACAGACUUGGGUUGAACUGGAAUGGAGAUAGUGGUGUUUUACCCUGCCAUUUUUGGAAGGGCUGGGUUGGGAGGAUGAAAAGGACAAUCACAGUUUCUUGUUAUGCAGCAGCCUGAGCCAGAAGCACAGUGUUCCUCAGGGCUCAGAGCCUCUCCUGGCAGAGAAGAGGCAGCAAUGCAACUCCCAGUGUCAAGUUCAGCACCCAGCUGAGGUCUCCUGGUAUUUUCUGAGCUCAGUUCUUAAUGUUAGAGCAGAUGGGAUCACAGUUUAAAACUGGAGAGAUGUAGGAGUUUGCUUUUCAUCACGAACAAGCCCUAAAUAAAAAAAUGUCAUCAAGCUACCUUUAUAAGCAUCCCUGCUCUUCUCCCAAGGGUUUGUGCUUCCCUCCCUGGCUGCUGGUGUUGCCUCGAUUCAGCUUCUUUCCAGAACCAGUUUUUCUCACCCUCUGCUGGUUCUCGUUCUUGCCCCCAGACUGCUGCAUGAAUGUGUGUUUUCCAGUCCAAAAAUACCGUUCCUGACCUACUAUUCCUUGCCAGCUCAUGGCUACGACGUAAAUAAUAGUGUGGGUGGGAAAAAGUUAUUUUGAAAAUCAAGAAAGUAGGUGAUUUCCAUGUUUAGGUUUAAUCAAAAUUAUAGUAUAUAUAAUUAUAGUAUAUAUAAUAUAUAGUGAAACACUACGGCACCAAUGCCUGGCUGAUGUUCUCCACUGCUGCUGAAAGGAGAUGCUGCCUUUACUCCUUCAGAUGGUUUUGAUAUAUAGGGAAAUGUAGUGUUCCAGUAGGUAGUACUGUACUUAUCCAUAAAAACUGAGAACUAACAGAUCAAGCAAACUUAUAAAUAAUUAUUUAAGAAUUUAGGGUUUGGAGGGGCUUUGGCUUUUUAUUAAUUUUGCUCUGCCUUGACACACUUCGCAGAAGUCCUUGGCCAGCUUAUUUUAAAAAGUCUUCUUAUUAGUCAUUCCAGGAAAACAAGCAUUUAUGAUUUGUUAUUUUGUCUAUAGGUUCAUCCAAGGUGAAAAAUCUUGGGAAGUUGCCAUCGCUCUUCUGAGUUAAUUCAACACAAAGUAAUCAUAUCAAAAUUUGCUCUAAAAGUUAGUUUUAAAAUAUGCCAUUAAGCAUUCAUAUGUCACCAUCUGCAUUAAGAGCUUUAUGAAAGACAAAAAGCAAUUCUUAUUUAUGUACAAAGUUCCUAUAGUAGUAGUUGUUAGUAGAAAUAUGGACAUAGAAAAACAAAUCAAAAUAAAAAUCAGAAUUUUCUAUCCCUGUUUUGAUAGUGUUAGCUAAAAGGUAUUUUUCUAUUUCUCAUAUUCUCAGUCAUUUUCCAGAACUCUACCAGGACUUCUGUGUUCAACAUUUGAAUACAAUCACAGAAUUCCUGUUUGAGGGCUUAUUGAGUGUGCUUCAUUAGCUCUGACCUUAGAAAUUCCAGUUAAGAGAACCAUCACGAGUCUGGUUUUAACUGAGGAUGCUCACUUUCCCUCCUUCCAACCAGUAUAUUUCAAAGGCAGCAUCCAGCUGCCAAUUUGCUCAUCUAAAUCAAAUUUCUUGUUGCCCUCCCUCAUGUUUUCCACAGCAGGUCCGUGCACCUUAUUUCUUCCAAUAUGUCUUGGGUGUGUUGACAGCACCACGGUGCUCCCAUUUAAAUGCUGAAUGAUCUCAGCAACUACAAAAUUGUUUUCUCUUCCUCCAGUGACAUUUUAUGGCACAAUAAGGCAGCCUUGAAGUGAGAACAACCGGCUUUAGAGGAAUGCCCUUUAUCAUUUCAGCCCUUCUGGCCAUGACAAUAGCAUAAAACAUACACUGGGCGUCAUCUUAGUUCCCGCCCCAGAUUUCUGUGGCAAUGCCAGAGAUGGCUGAUCUGCUUUUCCCAGUGCAUUGCAAUCACCGGUUAUCUUGGCAACCCCAGGUUUGCUUUCCCCACUCUCUGGACUGGGCAGGCACCUGCACAAGCCCUACACGCUGCUGAGACUCCACCUCACUCCCACCCUUGGUGCUGGUUCUGCACACUGGUGUAGCAAAACUCUGGAUUACAGCCUGGUGCCUCAUGCCUCUCCUACUAUUUGUAAUUAUUUGCAACACCUGGAGAAACUUCUAAGUCCUGCUUCUGGUUUUGGUCUGCUUCACCUGAGCAGCCAGCUUGCUCCUCUUUGUCUCUAAAGAUCUGUCAGUCUUUUCAAAAACAAGAACUUUUCUUCCUGACAAAGCCAGAUUCUUGGCACAUUCUUCCAGCAUUCCUUUAAACAUCCAGUCAGCAAACAACAGCACAAACAUUUGCCUGCCCUCUCAUUGUUUCCUGACCCUGAUUUACGAGAGGUCAGUGUGAUAGAUGUUUAAACUAACCACAGGCUCAGUUUAUGCCAGGCCAUUCCAUCUGAGCUUUCAUGUCGUAUUAAUUACAAUUCCUUUAAAUUCUGUUGCAAUUAAAAUUGAAAGCAACACUUGUAUGCUUUCAGCACCUCCCACCCAAAUACCACAUAUUGCUUGAGACCAGAUUCCACCCUUCUUCUCCUUUCUCGAUAUCACCUUUCCUUCUAUUCUUCAUAUUUUCAAUCCACUCUUGAAAAACAUAGAAGUUCAUCAAAUCAAGUGGAGAGCCAAGUGCAGUGACAUCCAAGAGCAAAGUGCUGCUUUAGAUAAGAUGGUUACAGGCUGGCCCUUUGCAGAUAUUUCUGAGCUGGCUUUCACAGCACAAACAUGGGAUGUGGCAAGCACACAGACUUAGAUUUUCUGUUUUAAAAAUUGAGAUGUUUCAGCCCUGAUUUUAGAGAAUCAUGUCAGCGCUGCUUUCAAGCAUUAGGGAAUGUGCCAAACCAAAUGAAACCAUGGUCCUGUAGAGGUUGAAGUGUCCAUGCUUUUCCAACCCAGCAGUGGUACUGCACAUGGCAAAGCGUCCUGUUCAGCUGCAGCACCUUGUCACAGCAAUGGCCAGCGGCACUGGGUUCAGCUACUUGGCCCCUCGCCCAACAGUUCAACUGCUGGAUCAUACUCUGCUUGCAGCACCUUGGCCUCUUCAGAAUACUACUCCCUUUUCCCCCCACUUCAUUUCUUUUAUUGCCUUCCUUCAUCUUUUGUUGUAUUUCUAUCUCUGCUUUGUCUUAAUUUCACUGGAACCAGCAGCCUUCAGCUGGGCUCUCAGACUGAAGGAUCUGCUGCGCUUCCUUUCUGGUCUCACAGGACUUCGGCUCAAGCUGCUGGCAUAAUUUCUUUCUUGUAGUUUCCCCCCCCCAGAUUCUACUGAAAUAACUGUUUGCUUUUCCAGUAAGAGAUGCUGCAUUCUACCAGGAGCAGGUGGUUCUCAUUUCAGAAAUUUCAGUCAAGAAACUGAAGCAUGUGACAUCUUGUGAAUCAUAGAUUCUUGCUCUCUGUCCUGACAUUUCUCUUAUCUUUCUGAGCUGAAGGCUGAUCCUUAAAAUGGAUAACUAAUUGAAAUUGCACACCAUGCCACUACAGUCCAGCCAAAUAAUAUCUAGACAAAUGGUUUAGGUGGAGUCACUGCAAAAUGCAGAAUUAGAAAAGAUCACUAGGUUUUGGUCUAGACAAAGUCUUUAUAUUUGUACUAUUGCUUCCCAAAUUAAUUAAAAAUUACAGCUCACAGCUCCUAAGUCUGUUUAAAAUCUCCUCAUAUCUUCUAUCAGCAUAACCCUAGAUUUAUUUUCUUCUUCAAAAAGUGCAACUUGAGAUCCUGUUUACCAUUUUGCAGCCUUUCUUUGCUCCUGCCUGAGAACUGGAGUGCUGCUGACCCUAACCAGCCACGAGGCACUUCAGCUUGUUCCAUGCCAUAGGAAGUCCAUCUGAAAAUGUACCACCUUUAGCCUGACCAUGUGUCCAGUGAGAAAAAAUGCAUAAGGGAAAAAAAAAAAAGCAAGAGAUCACAGAGACAAUUAUUUUUAAAAUAUGCAUUACAGAAGAUUAUCUAUGGCACAAGGGGAUAUCAGGUUCAAACAGCUAAAAUUCAAAAUCUGAAUGUCUUACACAUUUUAAAAUAUAUCUUUGGGUUUGGAUGUGUCUGGCUGGGGUCUAUCUCUCUCUUUUUGGCAUUAUCUGAACUGAGCUAGUUGAAAGCAGAUUCUGCUGACUCCAGACUCUUCCAGUUUCUAUCACUAGCCCAUCACAUAACAACAAUAACUUUACACUUAGCUCAUGAAGAUAUGCCAGAGAAUUUUCUUCCACACCUCGCUGCAGUCCAGACGGGCUGGAAGGCAAUGCAGUGUCCUGGGAGCAGCUAUGCCUGAGCCCAUAACAACUUUUUGUCCUACUUAGUAUCUGAAUGUUCUUGUUUUCAGUUGUGUGCAAAGGACAAGAGCUUGGAGCUUGUGCAUGUGCUAUUUGAGUGGCCCCUGAUAAUGUCAGUGCCACGGAGUUACAGUCAUCAUCCCUGAUAAAAGUAGUGUUCUCCUGCUCUCUUUUGCAGUGUGUGGAUUCUCUGCAAAAGAGGGAAUGGCAUAUUUGCAGGUGCAAGUAGCAAUCCUUCUCAAGGAUACUUUAGUCUCUCCCACCUUAAAAAAACCUGUCCUUAACUCCAGUUGCCCAUCACGGUGCACCCUCCUUCUUGCUGGAGGUCUGCUCCUUGAGCAGCACAUCAUUGCUCAGCGUUUCUUCUUCACUUCUGGCCUAGCUCUUCCCUGAUUCGGCUUCUGCCACUCAAUCAGUGUACUCGGCUCAUGACUUCCAUAAAGUUUGGAACUGGGGGCAAGAUGACUCUUUCAUUCCAAUUUUAAACUGUUACAUGUAAAGCUCAGGCAUAUUAAAGACAGAAGCUUGUGGGGGAAGGAGAAGGAAUAGUGCAUCUCUCUCAGCAGCUUCCUUACGAUCAGGGCUAACAAGAAACAGACUGUUCUAUUCACACCAAGCUUCCAGAAAGCCCAGAUCUCUCUUCAGUAUCCCAGAAAAGCCUCUAUCAAUUUAUUUCUAGCUAAUACUACCUCCCUCCUCUGAUCUGUCUCCUACUUUCAAGAGAUUUACUCAGGUUACUCUUCACGCUUUCAUUUGGUUUCCACAGUUCUAUUUCAGCUUCCACAUCUUUAAUCUUUCUUACAAGGUGUUAAGGGAUCCUUAUUCACUUUUCAGCAUUUUCUGGAAAGUCAAGAAAUAACUGUAUUCAAUCACCUCUUCUUCCCUCUCUGUACUUUGCUUCUGAAGGAUCUCACCAUAAAUACCAUUUCGGCACCUUUCUCCAUGCUUAUGAUUCACCAGCUUUUCUACUUCCUAUUUGUCACAUGGGGAUAUUUUUGGUAAUCUUUUUAAUGCCACUCCACUAAACACAUUUUCUUGCAAGUCUUGGGCUUCUGUGUCCUCUUAUUAUAGAAACCUGAUUUUGGUUUCUCACAUCUGUUACUCCCACCUUGUACAACUUGUGUUCCCAUAGUUCUGAUAUGGGUAGGAAAGCGGUGGUGGGUUUGUGUGGGGUCACCAGUCACUGUAACCUAAAAAAUGUGAGCAGGUCUCAUUGAGGUUUGGUGAAUGGAAGUAGAUUAAGUCUUGAAAACAUCCUUUAAGACUAACUUAUACUAUCCUUUGCUCAUAUUUUUUUGGUUUUUUUCUCUGCAUUUGGGAAGGUGGAUAAUACAUAAUCAAGCCUACCAGAUUUUUCUAAAGACAACUGUAUCCAACUGUGGAGGUGUAAACACAAAAGAGAGGGGCUGAGUGCCUGGCACUGACCGACAGGGAAUAACUGGGAGUAAUGAGAUUAAACUGAACAAAGGAAAACCACUGAAGGUUGAACAUCAGGAAAAUAUCCUGGCUGUGUCUAUCAGACCGUGGACUAAUUUCCCACGGGAAGUGGUAGAAACUCCAUCUCUUGAGUAAUUUAAAAUUAGAACAGAUAAAUCACUAAAAAACAGAGGGUUGGGAACAACCCAAUUGGAAUUGGAAGGGGAUGAACUAGACAGUUUUGAAAGAUGUAUUUAGUCUCAGUUUCUCUUAUUCUGAAAUUAAAUAACAAGACCUGUUUAGGGUCUGCUCACGCAGGACUGAUGAACCUGCAGCUGCCCCAUGUUCUCCUCAUUAUGGCCAGGUUGAAAUGCUAAUGUGACUCUAUCUGAUCAUUUGUUUGUGCUGCGGUAGCAUUAAAGCCUGAGCCUGGCAGGGAAACCAGAGGAGUUCCCCACGGUCCCUCCUCCUCCCCAAAUCACAGACCUGGUUGGGGACUGUCCUAAGGUUUUUCUGCCAAAUCCUUUGUUUUCGACAGAUUCCUUGUUAUUUCCUCUACCACGUACCCUGCUGGGCUGAGCUCCCCUGGAUGGCAGAGCUGAAGCAAUUUAAAAUGCAAAAUGCUUUACACAGCCCUGAUGGAACAGGGGCCACCACAGACAGCCCACUAAUUUCUCCAGAGCUACUGGGUACAAACAGCUUCUGUUGCCAUGGUUCACUCUUUGCUGCAUGUGAGAGAUGGUCCAGCUCCACGUGCAAUUACUGCAGUAAGGACUUGGCCCCAAAAUCAAAAAUAAUUCACGUUUCCAGUUCUCAAAAACAGCAGGCCAAGAAAAUGGCUCGUUUACAGUUGUGUCUUUAGCAACAGCCCGUGGUCCAGAUCACUGACUUUUCAAAAAAAAUCAGCUUUAAUACAGUUGUGCAGAUGCUUGGAAAAGCAACAAAGGUGAUGAGGCAAGUUCAGAGAAGAUACAAGUGACCUUCCUGUCUUUCUGUUACGUAACACUUCUGGUUAUCCCAUCAGCAGCGUCAGUCCACACAGCAUUGCUCUCAGUCCACACACAGCUGUUUUUCCAACUAAUUGAACUCUACUGCAAUGCAUUUUUUGGGGGGCUGAAGUGCUGAGGAAAGCUGAACCUAAACUGGAUUACAUUUUGAGGAUUUCUUUUGAAAUUAAACUUGUAACAUCAAGUUUAAGGAUCUGAUAAAUAACAUUUGAGUUCUGUUAUCUCCAGAACUGUCUUCAUUUUCUAUGGUUUGCUGAAGAGGACAACAGGUCAGGGGUUUUUUGUGUGUGUUACGUCUUUUUCAGCUGAGCAGCUCUACAUGGGCUGUUGCAUUUCUCAACUGGCAAAAGGCUUUUUUAAAAAAAAAUAUUGUUGGUUUAGCACAAGACACCUGAGAGUUUCCCAUCUUACAGUCAGAAAGAAGGAAAAUAAACUGACAAUCGUUGUAGUUGAUCUAUAGAGGGGAAAAGGGAAUUACUUGGGAAGAAGAUUGAUUUGAACUAUUUCAAGAUUCUCCUUUUCUUACCUAUCUGAGGACAUAAGUUUAGGUAAGUAAUGCAAUCCAAAUCAAGAGCUGUGAGUACAACUUAGCAAAAGAAAAAAAAAAAAUUACCUGUUGAUAAGUCAUUGGUUCAGAAUCAGGCUAACCUUCUUAGCUCUGAUUUUGUAUAGCUUUAUAGUUAUUCUGGAAGAAUUUUUUUCUCAUAUAAUGAUUAUUCUGCUUGCAUCCAGUCUUUUAUUGAUAAUUUCAUGUGUUAUACUUUCCAUUAUUUUAAUCUCUUUUUUGCAGAGGUUUAUAAUUUCUAAUAUCUUACUCAUCUUUGCUUGUCUCCAUUCCACAUUUACUUUGCCAUUUAGACAGUUUUUGCUUUCUCCCUGUAUCUGUCUUAUUUUUAUAAUCGCUGCGUAUCUUUUUUGAUUUUCCACAGCACAGCUUCACAGUAUCAAAUACUCAUGUUGCAAAAUUUCCCCUUGUAUAAAGAUCAACAAUAAGUUAGCUGGAAGUCAUUCGUAUUUCAUUAUACUUGGCACUGAGAAGUGCAGCUUUUAAAGAGCCUCCACCCUACAGCUGCAUCUCAUCAUUGAUCCAUUUAAAUGCACUAAUCUAGCCAAAAAGCAAAUGUUUCCCAUUACAACCUGUCUCUAAGUGACAUCUAUGUGCUAGUUUAGGAAUAGAUCUUCAUAACAGAACUACUUUGGAGGUAAACCAGGAAAAGAUAUUCCUCUGGUUCAGUGCUGAACACUUGCAUGCUUUUAGCCUGAAAUAAGGAUGGAGCCAUUGCUUCCAUCCAGUUCUGUAGUGGGUAAAAUAAACAUUGGGAGCGUUGCUCACUGAAUACAAAUUCUGCAAUUAUGGGUUGUGUGUAUGACCAGUUAGGUGACUAGAAAUUGGCUCCAACAUUGAUAGGGAUUUCUCCACAGAAAAAGGAAAAACCUUAAAAUCUCCGAAGCUCAAAAUGAACAUAAGGGAGAAUAUCUAGCAUACAACUAAUAUCACAAAGACCCUCAGGUCUUUAUAAUAGUGAUUGUAACACUAUAGCUUCAUAAAAGGAGUAAUGAGGCCUGAUCCGCCCACAGGCUAUCACAGAAGUGUGUGGGAUGGCUUCUGAGUUGGUUUGACUUUAUUGACAUAGUUAUAAUACUGGAAAAUCUGCUAAUCGAGAUGAAAUGUCUGAAAAAAAACCAAAAUGUGGGGUUUGCAGGUCCUGUGACACAGGCGCAUUUUGAAGUCAGCCUCACAGAUGAAAAAAAGUUUUCUUACAACAAAGAAGGAGCACACACAGUGUAUUCUAUACCAUAUUCAUUAUUUCAUAUAUGUUUAUGUUGAAAUAAUGAUCAAUAUCCAGUGCAGAUCGUCUUUCAGUCCCAAAGCUGCCUUUGCAUACUUCUCAGCAGCCGGUGGGCUGCAGGACUCUCCCCCGACUCCGCUCCGCUCCGCUCUGACAGCUGUCACAGGAGAACUAGAGGGUUUUAUAACAAGAGAGUGGGUAACUGUAAUUUUGGUACUCAGGAACUUGUGGGAGUCUGUUUCUUGGUUCCAAAGGCAAGUGGAUAAAUGAGAAUGUACAGUGAGAGAUGCACAGGCUUUGGAGCACUUUUCAGGAGCUGCUACCGGGUGAUCCAUGGAGGCCAUACCCAGCUACUUAUAAAUUCUGGCACCUUUAGAUAUCCUAUGGUUUCUCCUGAAGGCCCUUCUUGCUGCCAAAUGGUUUUUGUGCGUCUUCAAUGGAUGUCUGAAUCAUAGAUUAUGAUAAGAGUCACAAAACUAAGUCUAUUUUUUAUCUCCUUUCCAAAGCUGCUUUUGUGAUUCACAGUUGUAGUUAACAGUACCUUUGACCUCUGACGUGCCUUCCCAUACGCUCAGCCUUAAGACAGACUUACAGUUAAAGCCCUGAGUUGUAUUUGCUUUCUGAAUUAACAUCCCAGCUGUGAUAAAUGCGGCAAUGCUUGGAUACCAAAGUUAUUGUUUCACGCUGUUUGCUGGCAGCAUCAGAAGGAUAACUGCAGUGGUCUCAGUUCAAGUCACAGACCAAAGGCUGUCUUUUAUAGCCACAAGGACUGCAAAACAACCUGCUGUAGGGAGGCCUUGGUUCUCCAUCCCAGUUCCAUGAAAGGAACACAUCCCCAAUCACUGUCUUGUCCAGGUGAACAAGAUAAGGAUUUAAUCACUCCUCGCUACAGAAUACUUUAAAGAAUAUCUGUACUGAAAGUCCUUCUGUGAUGCUGAUCUACAGUGAACAAAAAACCGCAGCCCUUGUGAGAAAAACAAGAAAAAACAAGAUUUGAAUUCAGUUCUAAUGCAUUUGGCACACAGUUUAUGAUGUUUAACUCUUCACCUCAAGAGAGGUCAAUUAUAUCAUGUCUCAAUAUUUUACUUUACUCUGGACUUACACACAAGUCACUUGUGAAACAGAUCUCACAAUUUCUUAUGGUAGUGAACACCACUGCUCAAUUCUUUAUUACUAUUAAACGGACCCAAUUUCUAUGUCUAUAAAAAUGACAUGCCAAUAAAAAUGACUAGGCAUAUUGUUUCCAGGGUUACAACCCUUCCUGGUAUAGUUUGCGACAGCCAGACUACUAAAUUUUUUAACAUGAUGAAUGAAACUAAACUGAAAAUCAAUAUUUUCUUUUACAGAAGCUUUCAAAAUACAAGUCCUGGUGUCUUGCUCAGAGUAAAAAAUCCUUCCUUACUAAAGACAAACCUCCAGUAAUACAGAUCCUGCAGCACAGUCACACUUGCUCUCACCCCACAAAACGGCAUGACAAUUUAUAAAGCUAAAGAAUUAGAAAAUACCUAAUUAACAUAAUUGAAAUGUCUCAGUUAAUAUACUUGGUUAACAGCAGUGUUACCAGGAGAAAAUUCCCCCUACACACUUGGAUGGAAGCCUUACUGUUACCUCAUGUCAUAUUUAUUUCUUAAUAUAGAAAUAAUUAAUACUUUUAUAUGUGUAGUUAUACAGAGCAGAAUUGCACAGCUGUCUCCUGCUAGCCAUCAAAGGGAUGUGUUUUAUACACAGGAAUAAAGUGUUACUUUUUUCGUAAUUCUCCCAGUGUGAGGGCGGACAAAAAGAAAAUGGUCUAAUAAUAUGUCACUGCAGUUGCAGUAGUCUGGGCUCUCCCAGAAGUCACUGGAGAGAAAUGAGAACCCUGAGAGGUUGAUGCAGGCCAUCCUACGUGUGGUAUGAACGUGUCUGGUCAGCUUCUGUGUCUCUUCACUGACUAUUGAGCAAGCUUAGCAGAUAAGCUCAGACCAAAUGAAUAAUUUAUAGAUGGGUAAAAUCAGGCGUCAUGAAUACCAUCCCCAGUGCCUAGUGCACUUGGAGAGUACAAGGCAAGCAGAAAAUUUCCCUUGCCUCAGGAUGUUAGGGGGCUGUCUUAUUAGGCUCCCUGUUUGCCCAGAAAGGAGUCCUAUUGCAGCCAGAUUUGUAAGGAUUUGCUUGUUCCUGGAACUAGCAACAGUGCCCGUGCUGGAACACCUGUACCUGCAGAAAGAACCCCUCAUUCUUUUCUUCACAUCGAGCUAAAUUGCAGCUGAAUAAGGCAUUCAUAUUUUUUAAAGAGUACCCAGAAUACAUUUUGCUAAUCCAUUACUGUUUUCAAUAUUUCAGCUCCUGCUCUGAAUUGGAACCAAAAACAAGUCUUUUCAUUAAAAGCCAGAAGAAGAGAGCAUGAGAUCCAUUUAAUUAAAGCAUUUCCUGCCAAUACGCUAAGGGACAUUUAGAUUCUGCACGCAUCUUAUGCAUAAUCAAUGGAAAUUGCAUGAGCAGAAUCUGGAAAGGCUUGGAGCAAGCCAAUGUAAAAUGAGCAAAGGCUACAAUAGUCUAGACCCUAGAUUAAAAAGCUCUGGCAUUUAUCAGAGAAGAACCAAAAUAUUUAGCUACUAAGUGGGCCCCCUGUCUCUUGAAGAGUGUCAGGUGAGCUCUGACAUGGUUUAGAGCACCGAGUGCUCUGCACUGAGUGCUCUAGCAAUGCUUCUGCAGAGGAUGCACAAUCCCCUCAUCCAGAAUUACCAGUCUCCCAAUAUCUGGCAUAUCUUCCAGCUGGAUCAGUUAUUUCUAUACUCUCUCUCAAUGGAGAGCAGCAUAAGAAGGGGAGGGCACUAGUGCAUUACUCCAGCAGUCUGUGAAAUAACCAUUUGGAUCCAAAUGCAGCUAAAUCAGGCAGCUGUUUGAGGUAGCUGUCUUCAGGCAUCACUAACAUGGACCAUCCUUUACCGAUGACCUAAGCAGCGUGCCUCACUCUCUGCCCUCACCUUUGUUCUUGUAACAACAAUAUUGUCAUGAUCAUGAAGAGCAUAAUCCUCCAAGCUGGAGUCAGAAAACAUCUUGCAGGAGGAAAAGCCAAAAGAUGACUUCUGCAGUGUUUCCACGCAGUUCAUCCCCUUCACUAAAGCAGCUAACUAUUGGAAGGGACUUGAGCUCUACACAGAUGUUAUUUACCUCUAUUUUGAAAUGCAGAAAGUUGCAGUAAUCUGUUUAUUUUUCUUUAACUCUUUUGUACUCUGGAAGUAUCACACAGUUCAGAAGGCAAUACGACUAACUUUUAAGAAAACUAUUUUGCUAGCACUGUUUUAACAACUGUUGCUUUGUAAAAGAAAUGCAAUAAAUAAGGAAAAGCAGAUUAAAUAAACAUAGAAGCUAAGAACAGCCCAAAACAGUUUUAGUGAAUAGAGAAGUUUGACAAAUGACGACUACUGCAAAUCUUUGUUUUUUCUCUGGCUUACAUCAAGAUUUCUCUAAAACUUAGAUGAUGUCUCCAGAAGAGCAGCCUGACACAAUGCAAAUGGAACGGAACCUGUUACUCCUGCUGGGGAUGAGAAGAGCAAAUAGGAAUAUGUCAUAUCAAGGAGGAGGGUUUUUCCUUUGGAUUUCCUUUUUAUAUUAAUCAGAUCCAGUUACUCAGGCUAAUUACCUUUAUGGAAGUUGUAUAAUACUUGUGGCCCUCACUUCAGGCAGUGAUAUAGUCCUGAACUCUUAACAGUCCAUCCCCACCUGAUCAAAAGGAAAGACCACUCUCACUGUAUCAAAAAUAUUAAUCAAUCCCUGACCUUAGACAUUGGAAAAAAAUGCUUUGCAUUACUGUGCUCAGAGUUUGUUUUGUAUUUUGCUUAGGCCUUAAGGAGUGCCUUGAGAAUUAAACUAACUUGGACUGUUUUCCCUUGCCGCCCUUGCAAUGCUUUGGUCUAAUCCUGCAAAUGACCUUUGUGUGGACAUAUUUUGCAUCCACAUGGAGCCAUUUGGAGUCUGGCACAUGUGAAACAGCACAAUACUGCAGUGAAGAGUUCAAGUAUAUCCAAUGAGUUAAAAUAUUUGGCUGCUGCUUUCUUCUGGAAAAGCAGUUCUGAAGUGAAUGUCUGAGGGUGUCUCAGCAGAAGACUGGGCUGAAAAUAUUCUGUAAACGUGGCUUUGUUCCUUAGCUCAUUACUUUCCUUUCAACUUCUCCCAGCAUUAUGUUAUUGCUGAUCAGAUUUCUGGAUUGAUUUUUGACCAAAUUUGAAACUGUAAGUUCAUUGCCAAACAGGGACAAAUGGGUAGAGGUUGCUGGCAAUUAAUUUAGUCACACUAGAAACAUGUUAUAUUCAAUGCUUUCUUCAGUCAGUUCUUCCACACUACAGUUUGCAUAGGCAAUCAACAUAGCCUUUGUACAGAAAAAUAGUGAACAUUUCUGUUCAUUCGCUGCUAUGAUUUACAUGGCUGGAUUCCUAUGUUGGUUUUCUUCUGUGGAGGCAGAUGAGCUACUUGGAACCUAAACUCAAUCCUGGGUGUCCCUUCUGCACGCAGUUGCCUGUGAUGUUUCCUAAAGUUACAGCAGAAUCAUUCAAUUAGAUCAGUAUCUCUAACUCCGAGCAGCCAGCAACUUCUGUAGCAUUUGACAUUUAUUCAAAGGGUUUGUAAAACACCAAAAGAGAAUUAAUCGGGUACUUUCUUCUUCUUGAAAGCAGCAUUCUUAAGCAAUCCUGUCUCUGGAAGUAGUGGUAUUUAUAGUACUUCUUCCAGGAAGUUAUAGUGACAGUUUAGUUCUGUUAUAAUACCAAACAGAAUCCUAAUCCAGCCUCUUCUGAAAAAUUCAUACCAUACACACACAAAUACAAUCCUUCUUGCCUCACAGGUGUUUGUUUUUGUUUUUUGGUUGGUUGGUUUGAUUGUUUGGGUUUUUGGGGGAAUUUUUUUGGAAGGGUCAUGCUUCCCUGAAUGUUGUCUCCCCAUUUUCCAUCUCACUUCUUAAAAUUUGUAACAGAAAGAUGGAAAGUGGUGGGGAGAGAAAACAACAACAAAAAAAAAUCACAAAACCCCCACCCCCAACCAACCAAACCUCCCCCCAGUGUAAUAUCACUUUCAGAGCCUAGUCCCCAUAAAUAGUAAUCAGCUUACAGGUUUAGACAUCUUCUGGCCUUUAGAUGACUCCUGCUGUCCUAGAGAGCAUCUCUCGUGUCUCUUCAGUGAAAACAGAGCUGAGCAGGGGUCGAUCAGCAUAAGUAGCAGCACAUGAAGUCAUAUUUAGCAGCCAGUAAGAGCCAAGUACCUGGUUUCCAUAGGGUGUCUGGCAGUGAGGUUCUGAUGAGCUCAAAGUGAAGUAAAAGCUCUUUGGAUAGAGUAGAUAAAAUAAGAGAGCAGCAACUGACACAUGGGGUGUCACCUUUGGGUGGGUCACGUCAUUUUUGGAAGAAGGGAGGGUUUGAAUGAAAUCAAGAUAUUCAUGUGACAUGUCUAAUUUUUUUAUUCCUCGGGGUUUUCUCAAUGCCUGAAAGCUGUCUUGAUCCAGCCCAGUUCUAGAGGAAGAUCUGUUUAAGGACAGAGCUCAGGAGAAAGCUGCCACACUUUGCUCAUCUAGGGGAAGUUGUGGAUAGUCAGAAGAAAUACAGGAUGGGUAGCCUGAAUUUUGGAGACAGCUGUUAGCACCUCUGUGCUACUAAAACAAGGUUUCACUAAUCAGCAGAUCAAGCUGCUGAUUAUAUGAUAAAGCAGGGAGAGAGUGAUAACACUGUUGUCGAUUCAUCACCAGCUACUUCCACCUGAAUUGUCAGUUCAGUAGUUAAACUAAACAUUUUACAAAAUAAAGCUGAUUUAUCACCUCCCAGAUGACAGCACAGAACCAAACACAGAGCUGUUAUUGCAGUACAGGAGCUAAGGUAACUCAAAUGGUCAUUUCACUUUUCUCUGUCAUUCGAGCACUUAAACCUUUCCUGUCAUGGCCAAUUUUAAAUAGGUUGGAUAUUUAUUGUGUUGAACUCUUUUAAACUGUGCGUGUGUGGGAAGGGAGGGUUUCUGAGGGAAAAUGCUGCACAUGUAAUAGUCCCUGCUGGCUUUCUAAAACAAGUUAACAUUGUUUGACCUAAAGUGAAUAAACCCUCAGCAGAACUGAGGCCGAUGACUUUAUCUGUUAGACUCUGGCUCCUCUAAUUUAAAACAAAUGAAAGAAUGUAGAUAGUUUAAGUGAAUGCAGAAGAGAUUGGAGUGAUUUUUUUUCCCCUAGACCUUUAAAAAAUUAGGAAAUCCAGCUGUAAACAGACAUGGCGUCUUCAGAAACAUUGUCACUGUUGUUAUUCCACAGUGACAGUUUCCAACAGCAAAGCAAGAAAAACAAGUUUUGCUUUGCUUAUGGUUUCAGAGUGUGUCAGUAGAUUUUCAUUGCUAGGAACCCAAGUUAAAAGUAUUAAGUGAGUUCUGCUGGGCUCCUCCUAGCCAUAAUCUUGCUUGCUCAAAUUUUACACUGCAACCCAUUCCCUUGGGCUCACUGAAUUAUACUUGAAAUUGUUUUUGUCUCUGGCUGGAUGAUAGUAAAUUCCUGCAGGCUUGAACAAUUUUGUAUUUCCUUACAGAGUACCAAGUUUGCUGUUGGAGGUGAAAUACUAAUGCCACAAACCCACCAAAAUGUAUCCAACCCCAGACUCAGAGUAGCAGGGAUGGUUAGUGUGAACAUCUGAGCUGAUUGCUGUAAAAGCCAUGUGUCAGCCUGCCUUGGUGCACUUUGGUAGCUUCACACAAACGUGUCUGGGUCCAGUUCAGGAAGAUUAUACCCAGGCAUAGACAAGAGUAUUAAUAAGUGCUAAGUUAGGUUAUGAAUUCACAACACAUCAGAAACUUUUCAACAUCUCUGCUUUGGACACAUUUUUCAUGGAAGAAUAACUUUUCUCACUACUCUGUUACCCUUUUUCUGAGGGGAAGUGAAGCCUCCUUCCUGAACACAGCUUUCUCUCUGUUUGGUGAUGGUUCAGGGAUGCUGGCCAGAAGGAAGAGUCAUCUUGCUGUCUACUCCUGGUUUCUCCUUCUGCUUUGGACUUUGUCACCCUGACCACAUGAGGAGCAGUGUCCUGACAGACACAGAUCUCUUUUCACACCUAAGCUUUGUUAUC